CCUGACUCCCUCCUUCUACCACCCGCCACUGCAAUGUCUGCACAACAUACCAUGACCAGGCUUCUCAGGACAAGUAGCCUUCAAGCUGUUGCUGGACCAUCAACACUCAGGCUUCAAGCCGGAGUCGGGGCAGCGGUCCUGGCGCCAAGUCAGCCCUGUGCAAAGAGGUCUUACGGCAGCCUUUCUCGUCCACCUCGCAUUGCUCCGCGGGUUCAGCCCUCGCCUUUCCCCCAGAUUCCUCGCCGAUUCGCUUCCUCUCUCCCAAACGAGCCAUCUGAGUCAGAGCAGAGGGAGAAGGCAAAGGACAGGGCCGCAGUCGGCCCUUUCAAUGCUCGAGCAGCUGCACUUUUCAUCGUCACGGGUGUAGGUCUCUUCAUCUACUUUCAGCAUGAGCGGUCCCAGGUGGCAGCCAGGAAAGCAGCCGACACCGCCUCUGCCAAGGUGGGCCGGCCACGCAUCGGAGGCCCCUUUGAGCUGACCAUGGCCAGCGAAGAGGGCGGUUAUCGUGUGACGCAUGAGGACAUCGAGGGAGCCUUCAGCUUGAUCUACUUUGGGUUCACCAAUUGCCCGGAUAUUUGCCCCGAGGAGCUGGACAAGAUGGGAGAGGUCAUCAAAUCGGUCGACAAGGACCACGGCCCCAUCAUCAAUCCCAUUUUCAUCUCUUGCGACCCCGCACGAGACAAUCUUCAGCUGGUCUCUACGUACAUCGCCGACUUCCACCCAAGGCUGGUGGGCCUGACGGGGCCCUACGAGGCAGUGAAAGCAGCCUGCAAGUCGUAUCGAGUCUACUUCUCCACCCCGCCCAACGCGGACCCGUCGGGAGACUACCUCGUCGAUCACAGUAUCUUCUUCUAUCUGAUGGAUCCAGAGGGGAGAUUCGUCGAUGCAUUUGGAAGGAGCGCUGGCAAGGAAGAGGUAGAGACGAAAGUCAGGGAUUAUAUCAAAAAGUGGAAGGACCAGGGUCUGCCGAUCAGCAAGGCCGACUUGAAGGAGAGGGUCAAAGCCGAUCCGAGCAGGAAAGUUGCGGCAUGACCAGUGUACAAUGGGCGAAUACCAUCAUUACCAUCACUCAUCUUGACUUGUACAGGCCCAGAGCCGAAUGCUGUGAAUGUAUGACAUAAAAAUACAAUGGAAGGGAGCAGUUGACCACA